GGGGCCUCUGAGUUCAAGGGUGGAGCAGCCAUGGGUGGAGAGUUCAAGCACUUGGUGCUCGUCAAGUUUAAGGAAGGAGCGGCGGUGGACGGGAUUCUCAAGGGCAUGGAGAACCUCGUCUCUGAGAUCGAAGCUGUCAAAUCCUUUGAAUGGGGGCAGGAUAUGGAGGGGCCAGAGAUGCUUACACAGGGAUUCACGCAUGCCUUCUUGAUGACAUUCGAGAACAAGGAAGCUCAUGCUGCGUUUGUGGGGCAUCCCAAGCAUAUUGAAUUCUCUGCAACUUUYUCGGCAGCCAUUGACAAGAUUGUGCUGCUUGAUUUCCCAGCUAUUGUUGCCAAGCCACCUCCACCAGCUUGAAAUAUUAAUGCCUCUUUGUGUUGGACAUCUAAAAGUUAAAACCACCCGUUGAUGAAAUGAGUAUUUUUAUAAUGCUACUGCUGUUAGUUUUCCCACAAAAGU